AUGCCUGCGGGAUCUGUGUGGUGUCACCCUGCUUUGCUGUUGCUUCUCUUCUCCACGCCCCUGCGGGCAGCUGAGUUUUCCUGCAGGAAUGAAGACGGGGAGACAGUCGAUUGGUUUGCUCUUUACAAGUUGCCAAAACAUGCCAAAGGAGAGAUUCCCAUGCUGGGGCUGGAAUACAUGUACAUGGACGCCCUGGCUCCGCAGUGGCAGCUUGGUAAAUACCUCAUCAACAUGACACAGGGUGCUCUGGGACAAACACUGAAGCAGCUGUACGAGACGUAUGAAUCCGAGAGGAACAGCAUUGCAUAUGCGAUAUAUAACGAUGAGGUCCCCGAGUCAGACUCCGACGGGUGGAAAAGAGGACAUACCAAAGGAUUUCUGCUCUUGGACAAAUCACAAGGCUUCUGGGUGAUUCACAGCGUGCCCCUGUUCCCUCCCAUCCCUGAGGAUGGUUAUGGGUAUCCAGCUACUGGGGAGUCCUACGGGCAGACAGCCAUCUGUAUAACCUUCAAAUAUGACCAGUUCACAGAAAUAGACCAACAGAUGCUGAGUUAUAAUCCAGCAAUCUACAGCUGUUCCAUCCCUAACAUCUUCCAAGCUGAUCUCCCAAACCUGCAGAAGCUCUGUGCAGGGUCCAGGCUGCCCUCGGCCCCCUUGCGCCACCUCUCCAAACUCCAGUCAGCUCACGGGGAAACCUUUCUCCACUUUGCAAAGUCACACUUGUACAUAGACGAUAUCUACGUGGCCUGGGUGGCUCAGGAGCUGAAGACUGAUUUGUUGGCUGAAUCCUGGCAGCAUUCCGGCCAAAAACUUCCCUCAAAUUGCUCUCUCAACUACUACGUCUACAACAUAAACCUAAUAGAGAUGCCAUUGAAUUCCACCUUUUAUUCCAUUAACGAUCAUUCUAAAUGGGCUGUUUCAAGGGAAUACAAAGAUCAGUGGACCUGCAUCGGAGACUUAAACCGCGCUGCUGAGCAGGCUUGGAGAAGCGGUGGGUUCAUCUGUACGCAGAACGAAGACAUCUACAAAGCCUUCAGACACUUGAUAAUCCAGUAUGAAAGUUGCACUGAUGCUUCCACAUUGAUAUAA